AUGGUUAGAAUCACCAAUUUCGUGCCCUUCCUAGUCGGCCUCACGGUCAAUUACGCAGGGUUCACUUCACUCAUGACGUCGCUGCUGCUCUACCACGAGUUUGUCGACGGCAACUCAGCCGUGCUCUCGGCAGGCAAGGUAUUCUGCACGGCUGCGGGCAUCAUCAUCGGCACAGUGAUCUACAGACCGUGGUUGCAGCAGAAACUUGGUAGCAAGCCGCUGCUCAUCUGGUCUGCCCUGGUGUGUCUCGGCUCCUCCAUUUGGAUCACCAGAAUCCACCACACCAACAAGAACUCGUUCUGGAUCUACGAGUUUGUGCCGCAGCUGCUGUACGGGUAUGGAAUCAACCUGUUCUACCAGGUGUACAUGCUUGCUCUGCUCUCCCAGACGCCGCUGCACCUCCAAGGAAACGUGACUGGCAUUUUCCAGACCGUGGGCCAGAUCGGCAUUUGUCUCGGCACAGCCAUUGCCUCGUCUAUCAUCGGCGCGCUCGACUCCUCGAACACGUACACCAAGGACUACGUGCAGACCAAAUGUGUCAACGCCUUGUGGUUCACUGUGGCGUGCUUCGCGGUCGAGCUGGUGAUGAUGGUGUUCUCCAAACAAACGAAGCCAGUCGCAGCGUCGCAAGACGAGAACGUGGAAGACCAGGAGGACAAAUCGGACGACACGUGUGAGGAGAAGGUCUAG